UGCAGAAGCAUUUCAGAAACUGUCUCCCACACCCGAGAGCUCUUCCCAGCCCCUUUCCUCCCCGCUCCCUCCCCCUCCUUCCCUGCAGUUUCCAUACUUAAUUACAUUUAUUUCGGAAUUACUAGGCAACCCACCUCCAGAUGUGCAGCUUAAAGGUGAGACGCGUGUGCUGGGAUCUUCACAUCCCGCACCGCACACCGUCAUGUGAUAGUGGGAGAAUAAGGUGGAGUUCAGCUUUAAGGGGGACGCCUCCUGCUCCGCUCACCCAAUCUUCGGAAUCCGUGGUGGGCAAACGCCAGCGGGUCUGUCCUUCUUUUGCCUUUCGCUUCCCAAGUCAGCCGUCUCUUAUCCUCUCGCUUCAGCACUUAGGAUGGUGCUUGGAAGAAAGGAAGAAUGCAGGAAACUAUUCCAUUCAGAAUGUCUCCAAGGAGGCUUCUGGACUCGUGCACUUUGAGGAUGAAGACUGUCGUGUGCCUUUGGCGAUGGUGUUCACCUUGGCUCUGGCUUACGGGGCUGUCAUCCUUCUGGGCAUCUCUGGGAACCUGGCCUUGAUCAUCAUCAUCUUAAAACAAAAGGAGAUGCGCAAUGUGACCAACAUCCUCAUUGUCAACCUUUCCUUUUCGGACCUCCUCAUCACCAUCAUGUGUCUUCCCUUCACCUUUGUCUACACCUUAAUGGACCACUGGGUCUUUGGCGAGGCCAUGUGCAAGCUGAACCCUUUUGUGCAGUGUGUCUCCAUCACAGUCUCGGUUUUCUCUUUGGUCCUCAUUGCUAUUGAGCGCCACCAGCUGAUUAUCAACCCUCGUGGCUGGAGGCCAAACAACAGACAUGCCUACAUAGGGAUUGCAGCAAUCUGGACUAUAGCGGUGGCUUCAUCUUUGCCUUUUCUGGUGUAUCACAUACUGACCGACGAACCUUUCACCAAUCUAACGAUAGAGGAAUACAAAGGGAAGUACGUGUGCUUGGAUUCCUUUCCACUGGAGACAAUCAGACUCUCGUAUACCACAGCUCUCUUGGUGAUACAGUACUUGGGACCCCUUUGCUUUAUAUUUAUUUGCUACUUAAAGAUAUACAUGCGCUUAAAAAGGAGGAGCAACAUGAUGGAUAAGAUGAGAGACAAUAAAUACCGAUCCACUGAAACGAAAAGGAUCAACAUCAUGCUCAUCUCGAUUGUGGUGGCCUUCGCGGUGUGCUGGCUCCCUCUGACCGUUUUUAACACAGUCUUUGACUGGAACCAUGAAAUUCUACCUGUUGCUUCUUGCAGCCACAAUUUGCUGUUCCUGAUCUGUCACCUCACGGCUAUGAUCUCUACCUGCGUGAACCCCAUUUUUUAUGGGUUCCUCAACAAGAACUUCCAGAGGGAUUUGCAGGUUUUCUUCCGCUUCUGCGAUUUCCACCCUAGGGAUGACGACUACGAGACGAUAGCCAUGUCCACCAUGCAUACAGACAUUUCAAAGACCUCUUUGAAGCAAGCGAGCCCCAUUGCAUUUAAGAAAAUUAGUGACAGUGACGAUGAAAGACUAUAGCUCCCAAAGCUCCCGCUACAGAUUAUAUAGUUUCAGGGAUCAAGCACAAUGCUUUAAAGAAGUCAAUAUCUUCCCCUCUCCCUUACUGAGGAACUUUAAACUGUCACUUUCAUAUCUGUGGUUCAACUGCUGCUGGUCCCUACUCCCUUUUUGCUGCUUGUAAAAACCAGAGCAAAUCUAUCUAAUCCCUAAUAUAUAAUGAAAGUUGGGUCUAUUUCUGCUUGAAGCUCUCAUCAAAAGAAAGUUUUUGGCUCUUUUUCUUUGUGCAUUGAUACAUUUCUGUCUUUAGAUUUGUUAACUGUAUUUAUUUAAAAGAGUAUAUUUUAAUUGGGAAUGCAUACUAUUUCCUGGGGGGAGGUAAGGUGUUACCCCUUCUUUUCCCAGAUUUUAUCCUCCCUGCCCAAAGAAUACUUGCAGGUAUACCUGGAAAGACUGUAGCUCAGUGGUAGAAAAUAUAUUUUGCAUUGUAGAAGGUCCCAGGUAUCAAUCUGUGCCAUUUCCAAGUAGGAAUACUUCUGCCUGAAAUCUUGGAAAUCCUCUGCCAGUUAGUAUUGAAAAUACUUAGACAGAUGGGCCAGCUGUCUCAGCUUGAUAGCUAUCUAUAUUCCUAUGUAUCUGUUCCCCACACUAAGCAAUUAGAAAAAAAUGAAACCCCCUCUGCCCAAAUAUCAUUACUAUAGGAAUGGGGGAAAUAAAUGUUUUCAGAGGAAUGGUAGUAAAUGGGGUAGAUUACCAUGGACCCCUCCCCCACAUAAGACUCAAGCCUUUAGCAUAAACCCACUUCUAAACAGAAUCAGGCCAUUCUGCUUUGAGCAGCUGUUUUGCAGCAGAAUCCUAACCAUGUGUUAACUCAGAAGCAAGGAUUUCAGCCUUAGUUUUAGAAAAUACCUUCCUGUGUCAGAAGCAACAGACUGCCAUUGAAGUAUUACUCCAAAACCUGCAGAUUAUACUUAAAGUUACACGAAUUGCUAACUGCAUCUGAGUUAUUUAAAGGUGUGUGUAAUUCAAAAUGAAAAAUUAACAGGAUUGACGGAACUAAAUAGUCAGUUGUGGACCCUGUCCAACCUAGGAUUAGCACUUUAAGGCCCCAGUGUUAAGCACACAUGCAAGGGAGUAAAUCACCCUGGCUAAGCGGCACCUCUAGGUAAGGAUUGUUAGGAUUACACAUCACACCCAUUAGCAUCCAUGGGGUGUGAUGUGUAAUCCUAACUAUUAUAUUAAUAUCUAUACUGGUGAUAUUUGGUUACAUGCUUAACACCUUCUCUUGUAAAUCACUGGGUCUUAAAAUUGUGCAGCGCAUACACACAGUAACUUUGACAGCAGUAUCCACAAAUAUAUUUGACUGAGUUUUGUAUAGAAACUACCUGUACCCGUAUAUUUUGUCCCACUGGGUAACUAGCAGCUUAAAUGUCUGUGUGGGUGUUUAACUGGGAAAAUGAGGCAGGGAGCAAGGUUUAUCACUCCUGAGCCCAGUCCCACAGCCCUGAUUAGAGUCUCCUGACCCCACAGCUACCAUUAAAGUCCUUUUCUUUAAAACAAAAAAACAGAGCAGGAGUUCUGGUCCCAGGUCUCCUAAUGCCAUAUCUAGUUGUAUCCCAAAGGCAGCUCAAUUUACACAAAUGUACACAGGACCAAAGCACACUGAGAUGGUAAAUUAGGACUUAAGUCCUAAUUCUGAGGCGCCACAUUUGAUUAACUCAGUAUGCAGGCUGACUCACGACCUAAUAGGCAGUAUUAGCCACUGUUAUUGUUUCUAAGCAUCUCAGGUUAUUACAUAAAAUAUGUCCCAGUGACUUGAUACCAUUCAUAGUCAUUAGCCUAAUUCGGUAGCAUAAUUAUGCUUAUAGUCUGUGACCAGAUUUUCAUGGUUUAACCCUCUUGAAAGGUAGUGGCAGCGACUGCAUCCACUGUGAUUUCUGACUGAAAACUAACUUGAUUAUUUGAGGCUCUUCGUUGUCUGGCAGCUGUA